CUUCCACCACAACAAACCCUAAGUCAAUCAAAAAAAUCAUCAAAACCCCAAAUUAAUCGAUUUCUCAAAACCCUAGAAAAUGUCGAACCCAAAGGUCUUCUUCGACAUGACAGUUGGCGGCGAACCCGUCGGAAGAAUCGUGAUGGAGCUUUUCGCCGACGUCGUUCCCCAAACCGCCGAGAAUUUCCGUGCUCUUUGCACCGGCGAGAAGGGCGUCGGCCGUAAAGGCAAGCCACUCCACUACAAGGGCUCCGGAUUCCACCGUGUGAUCCCAAAAUUCAUGUGUCAAGGUGGUGAUUUCACCGCCGGAAAUGGCACCGGAGGUGAGUCAAUCUACGGUGAGAAAUUCGCCGAUGAAAACUUCAAGUUGAAGCACACUGGUCCCGGAAUCCUUUCCAUGGCUAACGCUGGUCCCAACACCAACGGGUCACAGUUCUUCAUCUGCACUGAGAAGACCGAGUGGCUCGAUGGCAAGCACUGUGUGUUCGGUAAGGUGAUUGAAGGUAUGGAUGUUGUUAGAACCAUCGAGAAGGUUGGAUCUGGAAGUGGAAAGUGUGCUAAGCCUGUUGUUAUUGCUGAUUGUGGUCAACUUUGAGGAGAUUUGAUCGUAUCAUCAUCAUCUUCACCUUUAACUAUCGUUUGGUCUGAUCUUAGAUGUUAGAUCUGAUCUUCGUCUAUCUAUCUGUCUAAUCUGUUAGUGAAAUAAUAUGGGUUGUUUUUUUUAGGGUUUUAGGAGAAGGAAAGUUUGAGAGAAGAGGAGAGAUAUUGUGAUUUUUAUUCAGUUUUUUUUAUUCUGUGUUUUUCGUUUGUGUUAUGGUGUUGUUUGAUGAUGAUCAUGUUUCUCUUCUUAGGGCAUUUGGGUUAAUAAUGAAAAUUAUCUAGUUUAAUCUUCAUUUCUCUA